AUGAUUCUCAGGAUUUGUUAUGCUCUAUUCGUAGUGUUAUGUAUUUUAACAUUGGUCACUUCAUCCGUCGUAUACCUCGAUGUUGAUAAUUAUGAAACUGUUAUUAAAAGUGCACAGGUUGUUUUUGUUGCGUUUUGUGCUGACUGGUGUCCAUUCAGUCGUCGCUUGAAGCCGAUUUUCGAGGAGGCUGCCCAAAAAUUCGCUCAAGACAAUCCGUCAGCAAGUGCUGUUUGGGCAAUUGUUGACAGUGUUCAACAGGCAACGAUCGCUGAUAAAUAUUUCGUGAACAAGUAUCCAACAAUGAAAGUUUUCAUCAAUGGUGAAUUGGCAACCAAAGAAUAUAGGGCAUCAAGGACCGUUGAGGCACUGACUGAAUUCGUGAAAGAGCAAUUGGCCACAUCAAUUCGUGAUUUCAAUUCGACCGAAGAACUCGAGCAGAUGAUGGACACGUCAAAGCGCAACAUGAUUGCCUACUUUACCGAUAAGAAUAGUGAAGAAUAUACCAAUUUCAAUAAAGCAGCUAUGAUACUUCGCGAGGAUUGUGCAUUCUACGUGGGUACAGAUCCGGCGCUCAAGGCUCUGAAUCAAAACAAAAUUAUCUUCAAGGACCCCGAUACUGAAGACGAACAACUGUUCUCUGGUAACUUCUCGGACUAUGAGUUCGUCAAACAAUGGCUAACAGACAAAUGCAUACCACUGGUUCGUGAAGUCACUUUCGAGAAUGUUGAAGAGUUGACCGAAGAAGGCCUUCCGUUCCUGUUGUACUUCAGAGAUCCUGCUGAUAAAGAGGGUGAUAAACUGUUCACCGAAUCGGUAAUUCGAGAGCUAUCAGAUCAAAAAACAGCCGUCAAUGCGCUAUUGGCCGACGGUCACAAAUUUGCUCAUCCGUUGAAGCAUCUUGGUAAAACCGAAAAGGAUUUACCUGUGCUAGCGAUUGACUCCUUCCAGCAUAUGUACAUCUUCCCAGAAAUGAGUGAAUUGCAUAAGCCCGGAAAGCUUCGUCAGUUCAUAAUGGAUUUGCACUCGGGAGAGUUGCAUAGAGAGUUUCAUUCAUCGCUCGAUAAGAAAAUGGCCGAUCUGCAGAAAUUGGUCGAAGAACAACCAGAAGUUUUCAACGAUACCGAUCAUAGUUCAGAUGAUCCAUUGCCACCGGCUAGAAUGCCCGAACCAACGCCGCCACCGUCAGUAUUCAAAGAGCUGAGACCAUCCGAAAAACGAUACUCAUUGCUCAAGAAAACCGAAUUAUAA